AUGGCUAAAGAAAAAAAAAUUUCUAGCCGUGUGAAGAAAAGAAAAGAUCCGAAUGCUCCUAAACGGGCUAUGCCACCGUUCUUUAUUUGGAUGCAAGAGAAUCGUGAGCGGUUAAAGAAGCCUGGAAUGGGUGUUGCAGAUGUUGCCAAAGCUGCUGGUAUUGAAUGGUCUAAAUUAGCUGAUAAAAGUAAGUGGGAAAAGAAGGCUGCGGAAGAUAAGAAGCGGUACGAGAGGGAUAUGGCAGCUUACAAGAAGGGCUGA